AUGUCUGACACAGAAGAGGCGGUGGAGGAGUACGAGGGGGAGCAGGAAGAGCAGGAAGAGGCAGCGGACGAGGUGACAGCAGGAGAAGAGGCUGAGGCUGAGGCUGAGGCUGAGGCGACCACCGCAGACGACAACAGACAAGAAGAAGAAGUUAAAGAGGCUGAAGAUGGCCCCGUGGAGGAGUCCAAACCCAAGCCCAGGCCGUUCAUGCCCAACCUGGUGCCGCCCAAGAUCCCUGACGGAGAGAGAGUGGACUUCGACGACAUCCACCGGAAGCGCAUGGAGAAGGACCUGAACGAGCUGCAGACGCUGAUCGAGGCUCAUUUUGAGAACCGCAAGAAAGAGGAAGAGGAGCUCAUCUCACUCAAGGACAGGAUCGAGAAGCGGCGGGCGGAGCGGGCCGAGCAGCAGCGCAUCCGCAGCGAGCGGGAGAAAGAGCGGCAGGCCCGGCUGGCAGAGGAACGAGCCCGGCGAGAGGAAGAGGAGAGCCGGAGGCGGGCAGAAGACGAGGCCCGGAAGAAGAAGGCCCUUUCCAACAUGAUGCACUUCGGGGGCUACAUCCAGAAGGAGCAGCCUCAGUUCUCAGCUUCCAGUUCCAGCUGCUCCCCGGGAACCCAGCAGUGCUUGUCAGCCACAGACCCCCCCCCCACCUGA